AUGUUCGCCGAGGAAAUCGCUUCCUUACGCCGCCAGGGCGUGCGCUCGAUCCUGUUCCAAGUGCUCAACUUUGUCUCUGUAGUCUCCACCGCGCUCGCCAUGUGGAAAGGCCUCUCUGUGCUUACCGAUACCGAGUCGCCCGUCGUGGUGGUGCUGUCAGGAUCGAUGGAGCCCGCAUUCUACCGAGGCGAUCUCUUGUUCCUCUCCAUGCCCAGUGGGCCGUUGAAAGUCGGCGAUAUCCCAGUGUACAAGGUCCCAGGUGCGGAUAUCCCCAUCGUGCAUAGGAUCAUCGAAACGCACGAUGCCGCGGACGGCGAACAGUUGAUCUUGACCAAGGGGGACAACAACGAGAGCGACGACAUUGCGCUCUACAAUGGUGCCAGGUGGAUGCGUCGCUCCAACAUCGUGGGCAAAGUUCGAGGAUACAUGCCAUACGUAGGCUAUGUCACCAUCGCCCUCAACGACUAUCCCAAGCUCAAAUACCUCCUCUUGGCCGUCAUGGCCUUGUCACUCCUCUUCCAGAGAGAGUAA